AUAAUAAUCUUACUUUAAAUUUAUUCGAGAUCAAAUACAAACAAGAAUGUUAAGUUUUUUCAUAUUAACCUUUUUUACAACAGGUAAACGAAGUAUAUACUACUUAUAAUAAUAAUAAUCUAUUCUAGGUCUAGUUACUUCAAUCAAGCAAUCUGAGUUGAAUUUUGGCUAUAAAGAUGUAGCAUGCAACCUAUUGGAAUUGGCACAAGAGAAAAGUUUACAAAUUAUGAAAGAAGAACAAUUCACCAGGAAUAUCAUUGAAUAUAUAUUGUCAAUAACAUGUGAAAAUAUAAAUGAUAUGAAUAAAAAACUUCAGUGCAAACAUUCAAUGGUUAGUGAAACAAGAACACUGCUGAAAGAUUUCAUUGAAUUCGUCGAAUCCAAUCGUUUCAAAACAAUGGUGAAUUGGUGUCAGUCCACAUUGGAAACACCUCAACAUGGUAAUUCCAGCUUUUUGUGUUCAACAUGUGAAAUGGCUGUAUCAUAUUUGAAAACUUUCAGUAAAUCUGAAGAAGCAAAAUCAUUUGUACAUCAAGCUCUUGAUAAAAUUUGUUCACUAACUGGAUCUCUUGAAGUUCAGGUGAAUUGAUUCGAAUUUGUUUAAUUUCAAUCUAUGUAUAUAUAAUACUUAUUAUUUACUGUUAGAUUUAUUGCCAGAGAUAUUUUUACUUACUAACUAACUUACUUACGCCUGUUACUCCUCGUGAAGGAGCAUAGGCCGCUCACCAGCAUUCUUCAUCCAACUUUGUCCUGGGCAAUCCUUUCCAGCUCCUUCCAGAUAUUUUUAUACAAAAUAUAUGUUACACUAUUAUGUAAAAUAAUUAUUAGGUUAAUAACAGAAUAAAUCAAGUACUCAUUCGGUUAACUUUGAAUACCAUGACUUCGAAAUCUAUUUCAUAUAUGUGUUACAUCUAUUUUAAGCAGUUGUGCAUGGUUGACUUAUUUAGUGUGAUUGUAAGGUAUACGUGUUGAAAAUUCCCGUUGAACCAAUUACAUGAUUUACUUAAUUCAUUAAUAUACACCCUCUUGUGUUUAUUUUGAUUCAUUUAUUGAAAUAAAAAUUGCUUGAUAUUUGAUUGUUAUUUGACGAAACUGCUAACACUCGGAUACGAUGCAGUUUAAGGUUGUCUGUUGUCAGUAUGGGGUUGUGUAGGUUAUGAGGUUUUUGAUUGAGAUUGUGAAUCGAUUGAUGUUAGACCACCAUGAAAAACCUGGAAGCACUGGACAACCGUUUCAUUCUAUUAUGAAACUCCUCAGCAGUGCGUAUCCACGGCCCUGGUCACGUGAUUCGAAACUAGGAUCUUUGGUCUCGUAAAUUAACGCUUAACCCCGUGGAUUGGUUGAGGUGAUAAAUGAACACCAUUGGAUCCCAACUCAGUAAUUAUCUUUAGUUUUCAAAAUAUAUACUUAUAUCUCUCUUGUUAUUGUUUGAAAUCCCAACGCGACUUUUUUGAAAAAAAAGAUAAUACUUGUCUUCUUUAAUAACAUGAGUGUGAUUGCAUGAAAUAGUUCUAAGAACAUUAUAUACUACAAAAAUGCAAAAAAAACAUCCCCACUGUAUAAUCUUCUAACUUGUAAAUACAUAGGAAAUAUGUUCAAAAGUCUUAAACUAUAACCAGUCAUCAUUCAAAUUCAUUAACAAAUGUUCAUGAUUUGCUUUAUUCUCAUGACAUCUCUUUUCAUUACAGAAAGUAUUUGAUGUAUGAACGAAAAAAACAUCAAUAUUUUUUCAUGGAAAUAAUUAGGAAAGAGAGUAUAUUAACCACAGCGGUUGUAUUUUAAGAACUACUUAGUGAUUUAACUUGCAAUAGUUUACAAGUAUUUACCAAAAAUUAGUAAGUACACUCAGUUUGAAGAUAAAAUAAAGUAAAAAUCAGAAAAAUGUGUGGUGAUUCGUAAUUAGAAGACCAUCAUUCCAACUGUUUAGUAUAUCAUGAAUGGAUUAAUGUUAGACGAUCAUUGUAAACCUGGUGGUCUAACAUUCAUUCAUUGAUUCAUGAUAUCAACUGAAACUCAACAAACUCUGCAACCCUAUACUGUUAAAUAUAUCUUUGAAUUGUUAGCAGUAUAAGAAAAAUUGAAAGACAAAGAUUACUUUUACGUAGCCCACAUCAUAAUAUCAUCUAAUAUAUUCAAAUACCAUUAAUUGACAUUUCUAAUUACCCAAAGAUGAAACAAGAAAACAUUUUAGUUUUUUUGCGUUUUAUUAACUGAGAACAAAUUUAAAUCAAAUCUGUAAUUCGACUAUUUGAUCACUUUACUUAUCGUAAUUAAGCUGAUCAUUUUGCUGAUUGGCUUUUAUGGUCACUUUCAUUAAAAGUUUAAAUUAGCAGUCAUGAAAAGUAAAUUGGUUUCAAAUAUAAAACUUUACCAAACAUCAGUUUGUUGCUCACUUUAAGAUGAAAGAAAACAUGAAACCUUGUAAAACAAAAAAAGUACUUAGUAACAAAAAACAUCUACAUAGUUUCAAAUAUUUCACUGACAUUCAAUGUAUGAUUAAGGUGAAGCUGUUUAAUAUUUUAAUACUUCACCAUUUUAUAUUAUUUAGGAAUAAAAGUAUUAAAUGAACACAAAUAUCUAAUUGUCUUUCUAUUAGUGUAGCUUAGGAAGUUUAGGCUUGUCUAUAUUUAUUUAUUGUCUGAAGCAAAAGCUUCAUUAUUGAUUAAAUAGCAUGAUAAAAUAUUUGCGAUCUGUAUUUUUUUUUCCUAUAUUCCAGUGCUCAUUUCUAGGAGGAAUGUUCAUUGACAAAUACAUUGAUACAAUCUCUAGCAUGGAUCCAGAUUCGGCUUGUAUGACAAUGCACAUGUGUUUAUGAAAAUAGAUACGGUCAACUUAAAUAUGUAAAAGAAGAUUUCGGUUUAAUUGAAAUCGAUUUUAUUACUAAAAUUAAUUACUUUAUGUUUGUGAAUUUAAUACACCAUUUAAACAAA